UCCAGUAUUCUGGUUGAUAUAUGUCCUACGAGAAACCUAAAACUCGUAUCUCUCUUCAAAAUAAUUCUCAUCUGGCUCCAUGGAAAAGCAAAAUAAAUAUCGUGGCGAGCUGCGAGAACAUUUCUUAGCAACCAGAAAUGAACCUAAAAGAGACAAGAAUGGGCAUCGUAUACCCAUGGAUGAGGAUCGUCCUUAUAGAGAGAGAUUCCAUUAUAUGGAAAACUCCAACCAAUGCUCUACUCACACAUUUUUAAUGGAUGCAAGGGACAAUAGCAUUGAGAAUUUAAAAUGUCCUUCGGGUAGGUGUGUACAUCCUCAAUAUGAUGCUCGAGACUAUCGGGCUCCUCCGGAACCGGCUCCGGCUCCUGCUAAAUUAUCAAGGAAUUAUGACAAUGACCAUCAAUACCAUCACCAGCAGCAUCCGAAUCAUUGUAAUUGCAAAAAUUCAAGGAAACCAAGUCAUAACACUCGUAAUCCCCACCGAGAUACUGAGCCUGAAAGAGCCGAAGGCGGUGCCGAUUGCCUUGUCUACAAAAACCCAGGCUACCGCGAACCCACAUCCGAUCGAGCCGAAGAUGACCUACAGGACCCAGUGCCUGUCUAUGAAUAUAACCACAAGCAGUACCAGGUGAAGGAUCCCCCUCAUAAGGACUACGAGAAGGCUCGAUCUCACUGCGCCGCCACGGAUAAGUUAUUCCGUCACAAGUAUGGCUUCCUCAGCGACGAUUCAGGCACCUCCAAGAAAUCGAAACCCUCACAGAAUACAGUUAUCAGCGCCAAGAGUGGCAAGGAUAUUAGAUCCCUAAUUCGUUCGCAAAUCCAUUUGCAACAGGCAUUGGAUCACUCCCUGACGCAUGUAGAUCGCGGGACACCUCCAAGGGAAGUUUACCUUGGAGAUGAUAAGAAGGAGAAUGACAAGAUGUCAGGACUAGAAAAAGUGACUUCACCAACUAUGAAUAAGCUGAGGACUCCCAAACGACUGCCUGAAGAUAUAGAUAUGGUUAUUACAGAACCCGAACUGGACAAGUUUAGCCCCAUAGAUCCCAAGUCAGAUAUGUUUAGUGUGAGUGCCGAUGAUGUCGUCAGCUCCAGAGUUAUUGACCCGAUGAUAAGGAAAAUCCAAAAAAUGUAUCUAAACACUCUCAGGGAGGAGAUGAGCAUCAUGGAGUACCUGGGGAAGGUGCCCCGAAUGGUCAGUGAUGUUUACCGAGGGGCCGCUGGGAGGGAUAAUCGAAAGUCCUCAGAUUUUAAAUAACUCGAUUUAUUUUUUCAAUUGAGAAUUAUAUAUAUUUUAUAAAAAAGAAGUUUAUUCUUGUAGGAACCAAGAAAAUAACGUAAUAUUUCGGUUUUUAAGAGAUGUAUCAUUUAUUUUUGAAAAUUAUUUACUGAGGAAAUAUGUAUACAAAAUAAUAUGU